AGGUUUCCAUGUGUAGGUGGUAUAGAUCCCAUGCUGCGUGGUUUGCUUUUGUCGCCAGCAAAACUGCAAACAGCAGAUCAGAUGAUGGUGGAGGAGCUAACAGAGCGACUCUUUCAGGCUCAAGGGGGUUUGCCACUCGACCUGGGCGCUUUAAACCUACAGAGGGGGCGAGAUCACGGCCUACAAGGUUACUGUGCUUGGCGAGAACUGUGCGCUCUAUCUGCUCCUGCAAAUGAGACUGAUUUAGCAGGGAUUAUGGGUAAUGUUGUUCUGGCCAGGAAGCUGCUACGUCUGUAUGGAACGGUGAAGAACACUGACGUAUGGGUAGGGGCCGUCUCAGAGCCCGCUGUGCCCGGUGGGCAUGUGGGGCCGCUGCUCCUCUGCCUGAUUGGCAAACAGUUCAAAGCGCUCAGAGAUGGUGACAGGUAAUCUGAUUUACCAUGUCCUGCUUACGAGACGUUUAAAGGAAUAUUCCUGGUUCAAUACAACUGAGUCGACAGCAUUUGUGGCAUAAUGUUGAUUACAAGAAAAAUAUAUUUUGACCCGCCCCGAUGUUACAGAGAGGCACUUACAAUGGAAGUCAAUGGGGCCAAUUAUUGGAGGGUUUAAAGGCAGAAAUGUGAAGCUUACAAUUUUAUAAAAGCACUUAUAUUAAUUCUGCUGUUAAAACAUGUGGAUUAUUUUAAGUUGUUUAAACUGUCAUUUUUACAGUUGUUUUAGGGUUUACAGAAUUACGAGGGUCCGCAAUAACUUUUAAAAAUGUUCCUCAAGACACCUGCGUUCUGUUCCAUUCGUUGCGCUGCAUGUAGGGCUAGAACACGUCCCCUUAGAAAUUAUUCCGUUUUUACACAAAUACCUUAGGACAAAUGUUUAGUUAUGUCAUACCACUGAGAAUUGUUAUGAAUUAGGUAAUUAUGCAUUAAUAGUUUUAUCCUAUAGUUUAAUGCUUUCAUUUAUAUAAUGAUUGGAUGGGUGAAUUGUAAAAGCAAUAAGACGUGAGAGGCUGUACCUUACAGUGAUUUUUACUACCUUUACCUGUUAUUAGGCACGACCCGAAACAUGCAUAAUAACAUGCCUUAACUGUAGUAAAAUCACUGUAAUGCACAGACUUGAGUGUCUUUUUGGUUUUAUAAAAGAACAUUAUGAAAAAAGACCCACAAUUCCUAUGCCAUGCAAUAAAGUUCAUUUGCCAAACUAUAUUCUGUGUUGCCAAACAACUUAUCAACAUGGUGCUUAAUAUAGAACGUGGCUUAUCCAAUCAGAACUAUAUGCUUUAUAUUAAUAAAUACAUGUGUUACUAUGUUUAAGGUUCUGGUGGCAGAAUGAGGGUGUGUUUAGCCCCGCCCAGAGAGACGCUCUCCACACUGCAUAUCUGUCUCACAUAAUCUGUGAAAACACACACACAUUCAGCUGGUGCCCUUUGACCCCUUCGCUCUUUUUGUCCCCUCUGCAAAAUGUAUAACUGUUGAAGGGGAAAAAUUUGAAUCCCUCUUUGCACUUGAAAGUUAUAUCUUAUAUUUCAUAAUCCUCACUUAUUCUUUCUAAUAUUAAUAAAUGUUCUGUUCGUCUUUUCCUAAAAGGUACAAGUAAUAUGUAUGUAAUCUGAGGGGUGACUGAGGGUCUGGCCCAUGUCAGGAGUGCAGUAACAGGGUUUACUCAUUCAGCCCGGCCUCCGGAGAAUGUGCAUUUUAUGUAGUAUUGCAUUUAUUCCAUUUCUAUUUCUAUUUUUAUUACAUACUGAAUCAUAUACCCUAUUCAACACAUCUACCUCAUGUCAUCAAUGAAUUGAAACAUGAAUUUACUUCAACUAGAUGCAGCUAUAGCGUGCUCUCUUGUGCACUUUUGUUUCUCUUUGUGCUCUGUCCUAUUGUUCCACAGAUGGUGAAGCCCGGCAUUCCAGCAAGGUUGGGGAGCAGGCUCUAUUCCUGAGAUAACACCUACAAAUUGCAUAACUCAUGUCUCUGAAUUAUUUACGGUUAUUGUGCCCUCUCAAAUGUGACUUUGCCAUAGUUGAAAACAACUUCCAAGGAUUUUAAUUGCUCUCCUAAAGAGAUAAGGAUUAGCCAUAACUGAUAGCUAACCUUUGAUAUCUGACCAUAAGUUGUUUCAACCAAGGAUGGGACCUCAAUUCAUGUUGUGGCUAACAAUUAUUGCUUGCACGAAGACGGAAACAGUUCAUAUUUGUAAUAUGUUAAAAUGUUUAAAGUAGUUGACCUACCAGAAUGCUAGAAAUUGUGGUACGAUGACACCCUUAAUGUAAUUUGCAUAUGACUAGAAUUAACUGCACUUUGACUUCCUGUCUUUCUAACUGUUGUAUCUCAACGACUUGUGAUGCCUAUUGAAUCUGCAGAGAACAAUCAGUAAACUCUCUCUCAUUUGAUUAUUGCAAAACCUGAUUCUGAGAUUUUAUUCCUCAAUAUUCAUAUUGGGGACCCAGCUGUCACCCCCUACACUGUGAUAAUUGAAAAACAUUGAAUGAAUUGCAUUUGACCUGUUACAGGUGUUAAUUUGAUUUAUUUUAGUUUAAGUUAAGAUCAUUGUAAAUGUUUUGUGUAUGUGCACUGAACAAAAAACACGCAAAAUUAACAAAAUUGUAAUUUGUCUAAAGGACCUGAUUUUUUUAAUAUACA